UUUAGAGGCUAUAUAUACUGCAGUUUUUAUGCAUAUCUUUUGAUUGGUAUAUCAAGUACGAAUACAAACUCUAUGUAUAGCUUCGUUUCAGUGACAUAACAUUUGCAUUUUCGAAGCCUGAACCAGAAAGCUAAAGUGAUAGUGAAUGCAAUUUUCUCAUAAAAAUGAAAGCCAAUUGCUCCCCCAACAUACAUAUCGAUCUCAAGUUGAGCUACAUGAAGAACGCCAGGGGCACUCUCUCCAGAGCCAUCAUGUACUUUUCUUUCUUUUUUUUAUAGUUUCACAGCAAAAGGAGAGGAAAUAGCUCAUGUUGGUUGAAAAAUAACAUGCUGCACAUAGUUUCCUUUAGACAUGGAAAACGAGAAAAAAUAGAUUAAAAAAAAGACUUUAACUAAUAGCUCAACAAGAAAAUGACACUGACGACCAUCCCAGAUGAUGACUGAGCACAACCCCUUUGGGUGGCACCUAGUGUACAAAUAUUGGCGUCGCAUCAAUAUCUUUUCAUCUUGAAGUGUCGUAUGAACCUAAUUAUCCAGUUUACCCCUACCAAUUAUCGUAACAUCAUACCUUGUUCAUAAACUCAUAUUGGAAAAACUUUCUGCAGCAAGACGCAAUCCUAAACGUGGCAUCAUAACCAUCUCACACGUCAUGGACCAUUUGCAAGAACGAACACACUAUAGAAGUGAAAUCAUCAGUUGAAAUGUUACAUGAUCAUAAAAUGUAUUGAGAUGUGACAAUUACGGGUUACGUGCACAUCAUUAGUUACAUUCCACCAACUCCAGAAACCGCGUAGCUACAUGGCAAAUGUAGCAUCAACGAUGUGGGCCUCAAGCCCACUCCUCAACUGAUACAAUGUUGACAGAGGUUAUCCAACCAUAGUCUUGUAACUUUCUCAAUGUCUUCUCUGCUUAAAACAUCCUAGAGCCUUCUAGGAAGCCCAGACUUAGACAACUUUUGAACAACAUGAUGAAAAGGUACUUGAACACGUCACUUAAAUCUUUAAGUAUCCCUUUUUGACAUUCAUCCGUAUAUUCUACAUUCACCUAUCCUUUAAAUACUGAAUCAUCUUUUUUGAGAGAACCAUUUCUGAUCCAAUUUUCACAAGGGAGUUCAAGAUGAAGGUCAGUUUAAAGUCCUGUUGAGAUGACAAGAAGCUCUAAGAUGCAAUAUUUCUUACUUUUGUCUUGUGUUACAGUUCCUAGGUUGGAUGCACCGUAAAGUCAUGCAGAACAGCACAGAACUAAUAGCAAACUCCAAAACAGGUAACUUACUUAUGGGAUAUCAUGUAUCUUUGAAAAGUUUAUAAAAAAAUGGUCCCGUAUCCUCUUUCUCCCUUCCUCACUUUGAAUUAACUUGGGAGGCAACUAAUUUGCCUUAGAACUGAUUUGCCCAAACAUAGACAAGUAUAAUCCAGCAGAAGUGUAAGCAUAUACAUACUCAUUUAUGUUACUAACGGGACUGUAAUCUCUGUUCUGAUUUCAGGCAGCCCUUCGGCUUGUCUUUCAGUGCAGACAAUGUUUGAUGAGCACAGUUACUAUGUAAAGCCUACAAAUAGUUUCUCACACUCAAACAUCAAAUGUCAAAAAUAUUCAAAGUCAAACAGAAUGGAAGCCAACAACAUGGAAGAGCUCAUCCAAGAAGAAUCAUUUGAGCCUUUUAACUUUCUUGCAAUUGGAACCUUUGGUACGGAAUUACUCAACACAGACCCGCCUACGCCAACAUUUUCAAUUCCCUUUGAAGAAUCCACUAAUAAACAGACGGGGAUAAUAGAAAAUGAUCUCAAGCUAAUAAACUAUGAGCUAGAGAAGUUUCUAGAAGCUCAAGAGAAAGAGAUUGGCAAUGAUAUGUCGGGGAGGGGAAACGAUGCAAACACCAUAACUCUCAGCAGUAAGCAACUUGAGGGAGCAGAUUCUGAAGACCACAUGUUCAUGAAGACUUGUCCUCUUCAAAAUUAUUUGUUUGGUACUCCUGUUGAACUGGUUGAGACAGAUAAAGAGGUACAGAGAGAGAAGACGUCUCUUGAAGAGCUCUUUAAGAGGAACAACAUAAUCCAUGAUGAUUUUAAAACGAAAUCUGACGCGGCAGAACAAAAACCAAAGAAGAAGGAUGCAGCUUAUUUCAUGAAAAAGGUGGUGAAGAAAUUCUAUUCCUCGCCAAGCAGCUCAAUGGCUUCUUCUAAAAGUGAUGCUGCUGUAUUACUUUCAAUUAAAAAAAAACUCUCCAAGGCUAUAAAAAAGUUCCAAAGGAAGAUUCACCCUGAAGAGAUAAAUGAUAAACGAUUUGUUAAGACGAAAAAGGGUGAGAAUAAAAACAUUUCUCAUGCGGAUGCUGGUCAGAUCGGAGGAGACAACGAAGAUAUGAUGGUUGAUCAGGCCAACGGCAGAAAGGCUAAAAAUGACACCCUCAAACUAUAUUCGGAAGAUAUCUUUAAAGGUGCGACAACAAUCAAUGGAGGGCACUGGAUUAAGACGGAUUCUGAUUGUAAGUUAUAUGUGAAAUUGUUACAUUCCUAGUAGUUGAAGAACCAUUAGAUCUUUUCAUACACUUGUCUAACACCCUUUUAACUUCAUAUUUUCACCUUUUUUUUUUGGGUAUCUAUACACUAUAGAUUUGGUCUUGGAGCUGUAGGGGCAGAACAGAAAAGCAAAGGCAACUAGCCCCAUCCUGUUUGAGUGUCAUCUCAAGUUUGCUUAAGUUCAUAGCUUCAUAUCUUCAAUAGUAAAGUGUGACUUUAAUAAGCAAGAAAAUAAAAUAAAAUAGGAUUGUCACUGUGUGCUUUGUGGUGAAGUAAAUGUGAUAGCGGAUGGUAAUGCAUGUAUUUGAUUGUUGAUUUACAAUUGAUUUUCAGACUUUCAGUUCCUGAAAAAAUCAGAUACAAUGUCAAGUACCAGAGCUGUUUCUGUUAAAUGUAUGAAAUGAGUGUUCAUUUUGAAUGUCAA